UCUGCUGCAUUUAAAAAAAAAAAAGAAAAAAGCAUGGGAUUUCUGGGCAGCGGAUCUACCGCUCCUAGCCGUCGGCACCACGACCAGACCGAGAUUCCAACCCAACCCGUUUCCUCCUCUCUUCUUCUUCACGUCUCCUUCUUCUUCUUCUUCUUCACCCUCUGUCUUCUUCUUCUUCUUCUUCUUCUUCUUCUUCUUCUUCUUCUUCUUCUGCUGCAUUUAAAAAAAAAAAAAGAAAAAAGCAUGGGAUUUCUGGGCAGCGGAUCUACCGCUCCUAGCCGUCGGCACCACGACCAGACCGAGAUUCCAACCCAACCCGUUUCCUCCUCUCUUCUUCUUCACUUUCUUCUUCUUCUUCUUCACCCUCUGUCUUCUUCUAACUGCAGAAACGCAAAAGAGAACACCACGGAAAAAUAGGAGAGAGAGAGGGAGAGAGAGAGAGAGAGAGAGAGUCUUGACCCUUGAGACUGAAGAGGAGAAAUGGUUUUGCUUUUGCGGAGGAAACUGGAAACCAAGAAAUUCAUCUUUCUUCUACUCUGAUUUCUUUCUGAUAAAUCCAGCGCUCUUAAGCUCUUAAGCUCCUUCAUGUCCAGCGAUUGGGCAGCGAGAGUACGGAGAUCCAUCGUGCGAGUAACCCACAACCCAUAAUCUUGGUAUCGAGAUCGCCGGACUGCAACAACGAUCUCCUUCCUCUUGAUUGAGAAAUCUCUGUUUUUAGGGAUUUUGAAUUCAAACUUGGUCAUGAGUUGUUUGUCAGAACCGGUUCCACUCCAUACGGUUCGAGUCAUCCAUUGAUCUAAACCGGAUUUAGUAACAACAGACCAAUCAAAACAAUCUCAACCGCAGAUUUAAAGAAGGACACGUGUCGUGUUCUGCAGCUAGCAAAACACAGCAAAACAGGGAUGGGGAAAAACAGACGAUUUUUAUCCCAAGUUAGGAGCUGGAUUUGGAUCUCUCUCACCUGAUCAGUCCCUACCAAUCUUGGACAGGACUGUGAUCAAGGAACAAGAUGACAUGUUAAAGAUGUUCUUGGAAAAGUUGGAUAGAUUCAUGGGUUCCGAAUCAGUGUCAGGGAAUCGAAGAUUAAGAGUGAUGGAUCAUGAACUCCAACCCAACAUGGUUCGAGCUACGUUUGAGCUAAAUGAAGCAAUUGGUAAGAGACUCAAGGAAUGGAUCUUUGGUCAAUACAAGAAAGAUGAACAAACACAAAAUCAAUCAAUUCCUCCAUCGAGAUUGGUAGCGAUUUGUGCUUACACAUGGAUUUGUUUGCUUAAAGCAGAAGCAAAAGCAGGUGAGUCGAACACUAACAACAAGACUCUCUUUCUGCUUAACGUCGAUUGCAGGGCUCGGCUUGACCCUCCAAUCCCUGAAACAUAUGUGGGUAAUUGUGUCAGACCUUAUGUGGUGAUUGCUGAUAAGAUUGAUCUGAUCAGAGGAGGAGUAGGAGUGGCAGCAAAGUUGAUAGGAGAUGAGAUUCAUGAGAUGGAGAAAGGAAUUUUGAGAGGCAUGGCGGAUUGUGUUUCAGGUUUGAUGGAGACGCCACCUGGUCGAAUUUUAUCAGUCGGAGGGUCACCACAGUUUGGGUAUUACAAGACAGAUUUUGGGUUUGGAAGGCCAAAGAAGGUGGAGAUGGCAUCCAUUGAUAGAACAGGAGCCAUGUUUCUAAAAGAUAGCUCCAAUGUAGAUGGUGGGUUUGACUUUGAUUUGGUUCUCAACAAACAAGAGAUGGAUGCCUUUGUUUCUUUAUUUUUUGAUGGGCUUAAUGCUCUGAAGUAGCAUUCUUUAUGCCCCUCGUUGUAGAAUGUGAUCUUUAAGAUUUAGGCUUCAUACUUGUAGUUUUGAACAUCAUUUAAGUUCUCUCUCUACUUCUGUUUUGCCAUUCUAUGGUUGUUGCAGUUGUUUUUUUAUUGCUAAUUCUUUGUAAAUGGUUCAGUGGUGGGAGAAGAAAUUAAUAUAGAAGAUUAUGUGGAGCCAAUUCCUACAACUUCAGCCAAUGAAAUAGCAUCCUUGGAGGAAA